AUGGUUGUUCAGGAAGUCAUCUGGGAGUUCCGAGAACGGUUUUACUGGGUCCACUGUCGUGACGAUGUCGAGGACUGGUGUCACAAAUGUACAAAUUGUGAGGCUAUAAAGGGACCUCAGACUCGUAGUAGAGGUUCACUGAGAUUGUACAACGUUGGUGCACCAUGGGAGAGGAUAGCCCUUGAUGUUGCGGGGCCGUUUCUAGAAAUUGAAAGUCGUAACAGGUAUUUUAUGGUUGUGAUGGAUUACUUCACUAAGUGGCUAGAAGUCUUCGCCAUCCCAAAUCAAGAAGCUUCAACGGUUACAGAUAAACUAGUUCAUGAAGCCAACUGUCGCUUUGGAGUACCUUUAGAGAUUCACAGCGAUCAAGGAAGGAAUUUUGAGUCUCAAAUAUUCCAGGAAACUUGCCGAGUUAUGGGUACUCAUAAAACAAGAACAACUUCUCACCACCCACAAUCUGAUGAAAUGGUACAACGAUUUAAUCAGACAUUGGAGAGGUACCUAGCAAAAGUUUUGGAAAAUCGGCAAAGUGACUGGAAUAAGCAUAUACAACCGUUUUUGUUGUCAUCAAAGCACUGUACACAAAAGUACAUCAGUGACACUGACACCAGCUGUUGCAAACUUUGGAAGAGAUUUACGGCUGCCUGCAGACCUGAUCACCGGAAUACUACCUGA